AAACAAUAGCGGAAACAGGCUAGCAAAAAUGAUGAUGUGGUCCCACUAAAUUAAAUUAUCUUUGUAUUAAUAAUCAUCAUCAAUUCAUUCUCAAAAUUCAAUUCAGAUUCGCUUUGAUCACAACAACGAACCAAAAUCAAUCCAAAAAUCGCUAUUCAAACAUGAGUUACGAUCCUCCACCAGGUUACGGAUCCUCGUAUAACCAUCAUCAUGUUCAUCAUCAACCACCGCCUCCACCGGGAUUUCCAUCGGCGCCGCCUCCUCCAGGGUAUCCGGGAUACCCACCACCACUGCCAAAUCAGCCUCCUCAGUAUGAAGGGUAUCAAGGAUAUUUUGGAGGAGGGUAUCCACCACCACCACCGCCUCCUCCUCAACCCCAACGGUACCACGAACACUGUCAUAAUUACGAGCAUUACCGUUACCAGCAGGAACACAAUGGUUGUCUUUCGUUUCUCCAAGGCUGUUUCGCCGCUCUUUGCUGCUGUUGUUUGUUAGAAGAAUGCUGCUGCUGCUAUUUUUGAUGAAUUCAAAAAGCAAGUGAUUGAUAAUAAUCAUUUCAGCACUUUCUUUCUGCUCUUGGUGUUGUGCUAGAGAUUUUCAUCUAAAGCUAAAAUUGUUUUAAUUAUUACGAAAGAGUUGCUGUUGUUAACCUCUUUGAGUUAUAUUGAAGAGGUUUUGUGACAUUGUUUAUUGGGGUUGCUUCAUCAUUCUCCCCUUUAUUUUGUGCAGUUUGUGUGUAAAAAAAUGUUUCAUUAUUAACAGUAUAUGAUUUCUGACA